AGAUAGAUAGAUAGAUAGAUAGAUUUUUAUACCGUCCUAUUCUCAGGCUUAGUUGUCGAUUUUACUCGGAGAUGUACCGCCCCCCUCUGGCGGAAAACGGCACCUGCGCUCGGUGUGCGCUUGGUUUGGAGUAACCAUGGUAACCGCAGGAAACGCUAACACCGGUUAAGUUAACUUGCAGAACAACCGGAGUGAUAGUGAGAUUAAUUCGUGUUUUUCCGCCUGUUAGCUCGUCGAGUAGUUUCCUCUAACGAAAUGGAGACGUCGGUGAUUCUUCCUGUCGAAGCGGAGGGGUUUGUUCAAAGUCUGGAAACUUUCCCUCUGAAGGAAGUGGGCUCUGCGAGGUGGUUCAGACAGCACGAGUACAUUGAGAAACUUAACAUGCAGGCAAUACUGAACGCUUCUGCCAUGCACGAUGAGUUCGUCAAGGAGCUCCUGGUGUCGUAUGGAAAGAUACCCGUCCUGGUCUAUGAGAUGAUCCUCGUCGAAGUGUGGAAGCAGAAAGUGUUCCCCAUCUUAUGUCAGCUGCAGGACUUCAACCCCAACAACACAUUUCAUCUUUACAUGGUGAUCCACCACGAAGCCACAAUAAUAAACCUGCUUGAAACGAUAAUGUUUCAUAAGGAUUCAUGUGAGGCAGCAGAUGAUUCUCUUCUUGACCUGGUGGAUUACUGCCACCGUAAACUCACCCUGCUGGCCAGUAAAGCCACUGCAGCUCUUGACCAACACAACCUGACAGGGAAAACAGAUGCAUCUUCUACAGAGGAGUUACAGAUUCAGAGCGCUGCACUGGAGUUUGAGAUCUCCCUGAAGGCUGUGUCUGUGCUGCGCUACGUCACAGAUCACACCAACAGUAUCAGUGUUAUCAAUCGCAUGCUGUGCACCCAUAACAUGCCGUGUGUGCUGGUCCAGCUGAUCGACUGCAGCCCUUGGAGUCGCUUCAGAGAAGGCAAGGUCGAGAAGUACAUUAACAGCAAAUGGCAGAAGAUUCCUGCAGAGGACCGUUUAAAGAUGACAAAACUGGACGGCCAGGUCUGGAUUUCCCUUUACAAUCUGCUACUAAAGGAAGACUGCCAGAGGAAAUAUGACUUCAACAAUUUCAACAAGAGCCAGCUCCUAAAGCUCAGAAGUUUCUUGACAGAGGUGUUGGUCGAUCAGCUGCCAAACCUGGUGGAGCUGCAGCGUUUCCUGGCUCAUCUGGCGGUUACAGACCCAGCCCCUCCAAAAAAAGAGCUCAUUUUGGAGCAGAUCCCAGAAAUGUGGAACAACAUUGUGAGUGAGAAUUGUGGGAAGUGGAAGGCAAUAGCAAAGUAUCAAGUGAAAGAAACAUUCAACCCGUCAGAAAGUGACCUGAGACUACAGGCACAGAGGUUGGCACAGACGUACAACUUGGAUGUGAUGGAGAGUUUACUCCCUGAGAAGCCAAAGUGUGGAUCCUGUGGGAAAGAGGCUGCAAAGAGAUGCUCCCGAUGUCAGGGAGAGUGGUACUGCCACAGAGAGUGUCAGGUGAAGCACUGGCCCAAACACAAGAAAGCCUGUCAGCUCAUGGCCGAGGCCACAGAGAAGAUCCAGAGGGACCUGAACAGCAACAGCUGAAAGAGAAACUGUAGAAACACUGCAGUGUGGUGGUAGAAGAGAGAUGAGACUCUUGACACGUGAGGAGAACAGAUGUACAUGUGAAUAAUGCAGGUCUGCAGUCCUGUAAAUAAGGAAUCUUCUUUUUGUUUUAAAUACUACAAUGUUUGUUCCUUCGAUUAUAACUCUUAGAAAUAAAAAAAAUGCUUUAACGACUCCUUUAA